UUACUGUCAAGUCUUGUUAGUCCCAGUGAGCUGCUUGUCUCAAACCAUAGCUACUGAGAAGUACAGGGCGCUGCUUUUCAGUUCACAGCCAUGGCUCUUGGACUCCUUUUGAGGGUUUCCUGGAUGUGUUUUUUGCUGUUUGACGGGAGCACUGGAUUACCAACUUUAAAAGGGUAUGGAUAUCCAUACAAGAAUGACCCUCAUAACAUCGGUGAUGAUGCAAACGAUGAAGCAUUGACCUCUGAUCUGAGUAACUGGCAGCCUUCAAAUAACCAACCGUCUUUCCCUGUGCACACAAGCUUCAGCAAACCUUCAGAUGCACAAUGGCCAGGUUCAGCCUCAGCUCAGCAAAACCUGCCCAACAGACCCAGUGCUCCUGAGGUGGAGAGGCUUACUAAUGGUGGCACAAGAGACUGGGGCAUGGAAAACCCUGAAAAACCACUUGUGUUUCCUUUAAGCCCAAACUACCAGCUGAGUGAUCCAGCAAAGCCCCAGCCAGGCCCUGUCCAACCUCAUCCAGCAAUCCCCCAGCCAGGCCCUGUCCAACCUCAUCCAGCAAAGCCCCAGCCAGGCCCUGUCCAACCUCAUCCAGCAAUCCCCCAGCCAGGCCCUGUCCAACCUCAUCCAGCAAAGCCCCAGCCAGGCCCUGCCCAACCUCAAUCAACGUCACUUAGUGUUGCCUCUGCAAACCGCAUGCCUGCCUCUCCAGCUGGUGGCUCCACUUCACCUGCCCUGUUCUCCCCCUCUCAGGCUGCACAGUCUCCUGGUUUUGAUUCUUGGAAGCCUGGGCCAGUUAGCAGUGGUUAUGGUGUGUAUGAAAACCCAAACCAGGACUUCACCUCUGGCUCCAGUCACCCUCAUCUUGUCUACGAAGAAGUCUUUCAAUAUCCAUCUGAGAACACUGGGCCUUCUUCCAGCACUGCAGGAGGGUAUAGCCAAGCUAAUUACAUGAGCGGGGGAUCUGCCUCCACACAAGGGGAACCCUCAUUCCCCCGUUACCCAACUAAUGUAGGCACCAAGCCAGUCUUUCCAUUUGGGCUGCACCUCGGGUUCGGUAAAACAGGCUUCCGUCUACGUGAUAGGAUUUCUCAGCUUAGGCAAAAGGCAUUCAAUGCCCCAAAAGCUGUGGUUCCCCAGCGAGUGAGUGAACCAGUCCCUCCUCCCCCGCCUCCAAGCUAUAUCGUCCAGUCCAGAAACGGCUACCAGCGAGCCAUACGUCUCUUGAGCCACUCAAAGUACUCCCCAGAAUUUCCCUCUCCAAUGCCUGUGCGCUCACAGGGCGUCAAGGGUCAACCAGCUGCUCCCAAAGGUGUAAAGAACCCUCAAAGCACCAAAUGGUAACCAACAUGGAUAUUCCUGUGUCCAACUGCAGAAUAAUGUGCCCUUUGAAGAAAUGAAAUAAAACUUUUUUUAAAUCAA